AUGAACUUCUUCAUGCAAUCGAUGGUUGUGCUUGCACAGUGGGGCUUGGCUUCCUCCCUGGAAGCAGGAGACUGUGCCUUUGUAGGCGCCUAUGGUGACAAGGACGAUUUUGCCUUGGUUUUGCUUGAAGAUGCGGAUGAGCAGAUCUAUUUGACUGAAGAGUUGCAGAGUACCCGCAAAGUGAGCAAGUUUAUUGAAGGAAAGGACAAGGUGAAGGAUGCCAAGAGGGGUACUGUGCUUCGGAAGGAAGACUUUGUGACCAGCGAAGCGUCACUGGUGGCGCCCUUGGCCAUCACGGCAUUUAGCGGCAGCCCCUCAUCUCCCAGCAUCUUGUGUAGUAUCAGGUUGAACGAAAAACCAGGCGCUAGCGCUCGAAUGCUGCAGGAGUUGAAUGUGGUCUCAGUCCAGAGCGACACAGCGACUUAUGUGGGAUCCACCAGUGGAACCAAGGACGAACUGCUGACAGAAAUUAGGGACAGCAGCAACUGGAUCGACGGCACUUCCUUCAGAAAGUUGAGAGGCUUCACUGUGGCCAAUGGCAAUGGUGGCAACCAUUCCGACACGAUGACCACCAGCAUGAACCCGAACCCGAACAUGACCGUGACCGAAACCACCACCAUGGAAGACGAUGAUGACGACACCAGCACCACCGAUGAUUCCGGGGGACCAUCCCCUCCACCUCCACCUCCACCACCAAGCAGCACCACCACACCAGCUCGGGGGCUCAGGGGCAAGAUUGGGGUGCUGAAUGAUUUCAUUUUCCUAUCAGAAAUCACAAUUUUGACAAUUUUGUGGGUUUUCCUACCACAUGCUAUUUUUCAUUACGAAGUUGGUUGGGUUGGCUAG